AUGAAGCUGUUGCCAUUCGCCGUCGUUGACAAGGGUGGGAUGCCGCAUGUUCGUGUUGAUGUGAAGGACGGCGCCGUGCAGCUGUUCAGCCCCGAGGAGAUCAGCGCCAUGCGGCAGGCCACCAAGGAUGCCGCCACCAUCACUAGCCUCACCGUGGAUUUCAUCCUCAACAAGCCCACCGCGGCCGCACUCCCGUAUGGCAUUAGUGAUGGCAUGUUCAACGUCAGUAUCCGGGCCAUCGAUGACAGUUUGUUCGAGGUCGCCGCCAUGAACGGCGACACACACCUCAGUGGCGAGGACUUCGACCAACGCGUCAUGGAAUACUUCAUCAAGCUCAUCCAGCGCAACGACGACCGGGACAUUACCGAUGACGCACAUGCGCAGGGCAAGCUCCGCCGCGAGGGCGAGAGCGCCAAGCGCGUACUCAGCAGCCAGCACUAG